AUGCAAGGCGGACCCAUGGUGGAGAUGGUGAAUAAGAUAGACCAUGAUGACGAUAAUUCUCCUCCUCCUCCGUCAUUGAACAACCAAAGACUAAGCAACGAGUCUUGCCGAAUUUCAUGUUGUACAAGAAUAGCUAAUGAUCCUUUCCAAGCACAGAUGCUCCUCUGGAUAGACCAUGGAAGUGAUGCCUCGGGAGUUGACACCCACUCGAACUUCUCAUCGUGUGGUUUGAAGGAAAGCACCAUACCAGAACUGCUCUCCAUCCAAUGCACUCUCCCGUUGUUGGUUGUGACUGGAGGUUUGUGA